AGUCUUCAGCGGGGUAGAUUCUUCAGACACAUCACACAGUUGGAAGAAGCAGCACGGGCAGAGAACACACUGACUGAGUCGGGAUUGUAUUACCAUCAACAGAAAAAAAAAAACACAUUCAAAAUUGAUUGGAAUAGGAAUUACCCUCCUUUCUUCUUGCCUGUCCUCAUGGAGAAACAUAAAGUGUUGGAUCAGAUGCUUUCAGAACUGGACGAGUUUUUAAAGAUCCUGGAUAAGGAAAACCUUAGCAGCACUGCUAUCGUGAGGAAAUGUCUUCUCACAGAACUUCUGCAGACAUAUAUGAAAUCCGACGGUUGUGAUGAGGAGUACAUCUACAUGAACAAGGUCGUCAUCAGCGGCGAGAACCAAGAACAGCUCGUAUUUGAAAGAGAUGAUCACAGCGACUCCUUAACCAAUGGGAGUUUGGGAAAACAUUCACCAGCGCCUCAGAAGAGCCUGCCUGAUCUUCCUCGUCCAAGACCAUGUUCAGACAGGGAGCCUCUUCCAGCACCCAAGCUGGAGUCCCCCGAGGGGUACUAUGAAGAAGCACAGCCGUAUGACACAGCUACCAAUGAUAUUGGUUGUUUCGGUAGACUUAUCGUCUCUGGAGCCAGGACACAUAUAGAGGCUGCUGAUGGUGUGAAUUAUGCUACGAUCAGCAGGGAGGAUGGUGAAGCCGUCAGCAGCUCCUAUGAAUCAUAUGAUGAAGAAGAGGUGACCAAAGGGAAGUCCACCACCCAUCAGUGGCCGUCCACUGAGGCUUCCAUCGAGCUCAUGAAGGACGUCCGCAUCUGUGCCUUCCUUUGGAGGAAGAAGUGGCUGGGUCAGUGGGCCAAACAACUGUGUGUCAUCAGGGAAAACAGACUGCUGUGUUACAAGAGCUCGAAGGACCAGAAUCCUCAGCUAGAUGUGUCUCUGGUUGGCUGCAGUGUUGUUUACAAAGAGAAACAAGUCAAGAAGAAAGAGCACAAUCUGAAAAUCAUUCCCCUUACUGGAGACGUGAUCGUCCUGGGGCUUCAAAGCAAGGAGCAGACCGAACAGUGGCUUAAGGCGAUUCAAGAAAUCACCAAAAAACAAUUAGAAAUUCCUGAUGGAUCCCAUUACACCUCAGAUUCACCACGCCUCAGAUGCACCAAAGUUGACGUACAUGAGAGACAUUCAAUAGCAUCGGAGAGUGGAAGCAGCACGGACAGUCACGCAGAAACCCCGGAGAUAAAAGAUGUUAAGAAAAAGUACGGAGCAGGAUUGAAACUCAGUAAUUUCAUGAACAUUGGGAAAAAGAAGUGCAGCUCUUUGGAGAGCCCAGAGAAAUGUGUCGACACGUCUGGUUACAUGAAUGUGCUUGUGAACAGCCAGUGGAGGACACGAUGGUGUCUGAUCAAGAACGGACAACUUUACUUCUAUCAGGACAAGAGUAAAAACAAAGCCGUCCACCAGCCACUGUCCCUGGGGGGGUGUGUGGUGGUGCCAGACCCCAGUCCAGAGCACUUGUACUCCUUCAGGAUACUGCACGAGGGGGAGCAGAGGGUUACGCUAGAGGCGAAGUCUUCAGAUGAGAUGGGUCACUGGCUGGGUCUGUUAUUAUCAGAGUCUGGAUCCAAAACCGACCCUGAGGAGCUUACUUACGAUUACGUUGACUCAGAGAGGAUAUCAUGCAUCGUCAACGCCGCAAAGAAUUCUUUGAACCUCAUGCAGAGGAAAUACUCGGAGCCCAAUACAUACACAGAUAACCUGCCUGCCAUUCCGAAUGAUUCUGAUGACAUUUACGAUGAUGUGGAUGUGCCCGAACACACGCAAGAGAAUGCAGUGGACUCCUGGAGCCCUGAGCAGGAGAAGGACAGAGUUUACCUGGACCUGAUCCCAGUCAAGUCCUUCCUUCACCCCUGCCCCGGCUGGCCCUCUCCUGGGGUCUCCCCUGUCCUGGGGAGAGCCUCCUGCCAAGCUCCGGACUCGGAGAGGGAGGGGGACAGCCAACCUCUGGAAGGAACCAGCAAGGCAUUUCAACAGAGGACUGAUUCUGAGCUACCACCAGCUAGGACCAACAUUAAAACUCAGACAUCUACACCAGAAAUGGAUGUUGAUCAGACCUCUCCAAAGACCACAAUUAACAUCCAAUCCCAGCACCAGAAAAUCUUCUUCCCCAGUACUGACCCACAUAGGAAAAGCACAGCCAGUCCACAAGCAGUGAGAGUGACCUCUGAGAUGCCAGACAGGCCCAAGCUCCCAGCAGCAGGAUCAAUAGAGACCAAACUGGGGAAGGGUCGGACCGAAGCAGAGAUCCGUCGCUUCACCGACGAGAGGGACAGGCUGGAGAGGGAGAAGGAGCAGAUCCGCAACAGCCUGGCCCUGCUGCGCAAACACAAGCGGGACCUCAAAGAAGACAUCAGCAGCUCUAAUGAUGCAGGCAGGCUAGCUGAUCUGGAGCACAUGCUGAGGGAGAUGGAGGAGGACUGUAAGCAGAAAGAGAGGCAGCGAGUGGACCUUGAACUGAACCUGAUGGAAGUAAAAGAAAGCUUAAAGAAAGCAGAAUCAGGGCCAGUAACGUUGGGGACAGCGGUGGACAGCAGCCUUUUAGAAACAGCGAGUUCAAGAUUACCAGAGGCAAAAGCAGCUACAUAUACAGCACUAGCAACACCAAACAAUGGAGAGGUUUCACCAGUCAACUGUGCAACAAACUUAAAGAACAGACCCUUAUCAAUCAUGGCGGCAAGCAAGGGGAAUGUCUUACAGAAAGCAAAGGAAUGGGAGAAGAAGGCCACUGGUUAGAAAGCACCCUCCCCUUUGCGUCACAGACUGGAGCCCUGCGGACAGGCUGACUGGAGAGAGCUGCUCUGGAGAGAUCUACCCUGUAAUACAGACUGGAACCCUGCGGACAGGCUGACUGGAGAGAGCUGCUCUGGAGAGAUCUACCCUGUAAUACAGACUGGAACCCUGCGGACAGGCUGACUGGAGAGAGCUGCUCUGGAGAGAUCCACCCUGUAAUACAGACUGGAACCCUGCGGACAGGCUGACUGGAGAGAUCCACCCUGUAAUACAAACUGGAACCCUGCGGACAGGCUGACUGGAGAGAUCCACCCUGUAAUACAAACUGGAACCCUGCGGACAGGCUGACUGGAGAGAUCCACCCUGUAAUACAAACUGGAACCCUGCGGACAGGCUGACUGGAGAGAUCCACCCUGUAAUACAAACUGGAACCCUGCGGACAGGCUGACUGGAGAGAUCCACCCUGUAAUACAGACUGGAGCCCUGCGGACUGGCUGACUGGAGAGCUGCUCUGGAGAGGUCCAAGCGUCUCCAGCAUGAACUGUGGAAUCCAAAACCUGCAUUACAAAAACCUAUUCCUUUUACUGUACCACUAACCAACCCGAGUGACAACCAGCCAAAAUAAUCUUGUUAGGGUUACAAGCCUGUUCAUCUGGACAAGAACUCUAUGUAUGUUGACAUCCCCACGCUUCUACGUUUGUUAGAGCAGAGGACUGGGAGGCUGAUGGAACCAUUUUCUUACAGUAUGACUUCACUUCCUGUUGCCUCAUUCUAAAUUCCGUGCACAAGAUUAAAAUUGGUGAGCUAGUUGAGGUAGUCAAAAGGUUUGCUUAUUUAUUUGACUCUUUAUUGUACUCUUGUCUUUCAAGGCUGCCAGCUUCACUAGGUAUUUAGUAUUUUAGUACUUUUGAAAAUGUAUCACAGUUGUUGUGUUAUUCGCUGAGUAGGAAAUGUCUUUAGUUUAUUUAAAGAAUGCUUUAUAAUGAUCCUGAGACCAGAAGGUAUCAAGCCCCAUUGAAUAAAAAUGUACAGCUUGAAAGUAUUUUGUAAUUGUUGGGGAAGGUUUGAGGUCAUGAGUUCAGCUAAUCUUCAGUGAUAUCCAGGAGCACUUUGUCCCCUUUGUGCCAAGAGGGUGACAUUUUUUGAUCUUUUUAGAUUUUGUGAAAAAAAAAAAAUGAAUUGCAGUAUUAGAAAUUUACCACAUGCAAAAAAAAAUAAAAAUACAAGUAAACAGACGUAUGGAGUAAAGGUAUUUUCAGUAUUUAUUUACGUAUAAAUGUACAUUUGCUCAAAAAGUUGCAGUUUUGCCUAUGCAAGGAACGGGAAAAAAAUUAAAAAAACCUCCACACGAAGAGCUGUUAAGAGUAGAAGCAGGACAGGUUAAGGUUAUGAGGUCAUGUUAUGUGUGAAAAGCAUGGAACCGGAUAUUGAAUACAGAAUCAGAAAUAAACAACCCAGCUCUUCAGAAGACCCAGCUCUCCAAAACUGGUGUAUUUGUCGUUUUAUUUUAAUAAUAGUGUUCUGCAGUUGAACAUAAAGGUUGGCCUGGGAAAAUCAAUCAUUUCUAUAUGUUUUGAAUCAGAAAAAUCCUGCCUUUAUAAAAAAAUUGCAUGCAAUAGCCAUCCCGCUUUCUCCAAAGAAGGUCUGCUCUGGAAGUGUAUGUGCAGACCAUGUAUAUUUUAUAUGUAUGUAUUUCAUGUAUGUCUUCAGCAAGGUUGUAAAUAAGCGCAUCUAUAGUUUAAAGAGUUACUUUGAGAUGUUGAUGUAUACCAGUUACACCGCUACAGAUUUAUUCUAAUAAAUGUAUAAAUCAAAA